AUGAAUUUGUUGGAUGAUGAAGAUGACCAAAGCUUUCACGCUACGCGUGACGGCUACUCCCAUUUGAGCGAUGUCGAAUGGGAUGCGGUUGAACGAAUGGGUUCAACCAUGGGCAUCCAUGCUGUUAGCGUCAUGCUAGAGGCUCUCAAUAGAGAUGCCCAACAUGCUACUAUCGCCAAGUUCAUUCAAAAUGAACUUGACGCCGAACGCGAGAAAGUAGCCUUGCUUCACCAACAAGGUUCUCAACAAGCAGAGUUGUUGAGAGAACAGGGUGCUCAACAGUUUGAACUGUUGAGACAGCAGCAGGCUGCUGCUGGUGGGUCGAUGCACUCGCGUCGACCCGAAACCUUGAAGAUUGACAUCUCCAAGGCGCGUCGCAUCGACGACGGGGAUAUGCAAGUUGCAUUUGCCCAGUCAAAUCUGGCAGGACGUGCCAAGACUUGGGCACUGGGGCUCAAGUUGCACGACCCAUAUGCGUUUGGGUCGUUGGAAGUCUUCAAGUCGCGGCUCAGAAAAACGUUUGAACCGCCUAGAGCUGAGUUCAGAGCUUUAACCGAACUCUUGAAGCUCAAGCAGGGUAAGCGUGAUGUGCACACUUACGCGCAACAUAUACGACAUCUCACAAAUUGUAUAAGUUCCAAUCCGGUGGAUGAACACACGUUGGUUUCGGUGUUCAUGCAGGGUCUUGCGGAUGGUCCCGUCAAGACUCACCUGUUCCGGCUUGAACUAGAUUCACUAGAACAAUCCAUUUCCAUUGCGGAGCAGGAAGACUUCAGUCUGAGACAGGCUCGCGCCAGCUCGACAUCAUAUCGUCAACCGAGACGAUAUGACAGCGGAGGUCCAGAGCCGAUGGAACUCUGUUAUGUAGAGAGCGAGAAGGCUCGCUCUACAGGCUACAAGAAGUUGCAGAGAUGCAACAGAUGUCAAAAGACAGGACACUACGCUUACGAGUGUAGUGCCCCUCGUCCAGUGUCUCGCGAUACUGGGCGUAGUGACCGUCCACCCAUGAGAAAGGGGCAGGGACGAGGGUCCGCAGUUGGUGCAAAGACGCAACAGCGGGAUGGACCGCCAAAAAACGGACAGGAUCAGUAG